UCUCCACCGUCUGCCCCCAUUGAUGUGUGGGACCCAAUCCAAACCGCAACUGCGGUACAAUAUUUUAAUAUGAACUCACGCUUCUCUCGUCCUUUGUCUUCCCUUUCUUUUCCUUGCUUCAGUGUCCGGAGUUCGAGAUUUGUCCGCCCAAACAGUGUUUUGGUGGUUGUUGGGUUGGCUGUAUGGAGAGAAUGGAAGGUUUUGAUUGGAAGAGGGUCUUGAUAACAUCUAACGGAGAUGAGAUUUCCACCAGCAUCGCUUACUCUUUGGCGAAGUGCGGUUGCAGGUUAGUUUUGAUGGGAGAUGACAGCAGCCUUCAGAUAAUUGCGGGGACAAUAACAGGUUCUUUGGAGGGAAUCGAUCCGAUCAAAGUGAUUGGAUUGGAUAUGGAAGAAGAGAGGGAGUCUGUUUUUGAUGAGGCUGUGGACAAGGCAUGGAAAAGCCUAGGUGUUUUGGAUGCUUUCGUUAAUUGUUAUACAUAUGAAGGGAAUAUGCAAGAACCUCUACAUCUAGCAGAGGAUGAGUUUAAAAAGACAGUGAGAAUCAAUUUCAUGGCACCAUGGUUUCUUUUGAAGGCUGUUAGUAAAAGAAUGAGAGACUCCAAAUCUGGAGGAUCCAUCAUCUUUCUGACCUCCAUCAUUGGUGCAGAAAGGGGUCUCUACCCCGGAUCUGCUGCUUAUGGUUCGUGUUUGGCUGGAGUGGAGCAGUUAGUCAGGACGUCAGCUAUGGAGAUUGGAAAAUACAAGAUUCGGGUCAAUGCCAUUGCACGCGGCCUUCACAUAAACGACCAGUAUCCAUUGUCGGUGGGGAAGGAAAGGGCGGAGCAGUCCACGAAGGAGGUGAUGCCAUUGAUGAGAUGGCUUGACGUGAAAAAAGAUCUGGCAUCAACAGUCAUAUACUUGGUGGGCGACGAGUCCCGCUACAUGACAGGGACCACCAUUUUUGUCGAUGGUGCGCAGUCUAUAGUAAGACCUCGCAUGCGUUCUUACAUGUGAUUGUAGCCCAUUCAAAUCCAUUGUUUAGUUUGUUAGCUGGAACAUGAUAUAAUUAAUUAAUGGAAAUUGAUCAGCUGUUGCUGUUCUUGUGUUGGAAUAA